AUGCUCUCCAAGCUGAUCUCGAGUCAGGGCUGCUCCAUCCAGCGCACCAACUUGUCUCCAGGCUUCCACUUUCAAGAUUGUGAUGAUGCGACGCACACUGGGCCCACUGCCGAUAACCAAACAGCAGACUAUCUCAAGCGGCGUCUCACUCUUUACCUAACGUGCUCCACUUGGGUUCCUGUGAAAGCCGGCCUAUCGGUAACCACAAACCAACGUGACCUGGGAAUGCUGGAGGCGAGACGCCUCCAAUAUGACGAAUCUCUGAAAUUGACCUAUUUGGUCAAUGAUUCGGAGCAUCGCACGCGGUCAGUUCCAAGAAGAGCUAACUCGUUCAUCCGCAUGGCCCGGACAUCUGCUGCGGGGAAGUGA